GUUCACUGAUUGAUUCACGAGUUUCUUCUUCUUCCUCAGAACCUCAGAUCUUUUUCUUAGAAGUCUCUCCCAUGAAAUCCGAGAAGAUUCAAAUGUAAAUCCACCUUCCGAUUCGUAGAAUUUGCUUACCGGAGACUUCAGAUCGAGCUACUGCAAUUUGCGGAUCGUGUCUUUUCAAUUCACGGUUUAUUUUUCUCGGGAGAAGAAGAAUGGACACUUUCACGGCGGAGGAUCUAUCGACGAUCGGCGGAAUAGCGACGGUAUCGCUCCUUCACUCGUUUAUUCCAACGCAUUGGUUACCUUUCUCCAUCGUCGGACGUGCGCAGAAAUGGACGCUUUCGAGAACCCUCUUCGUCACUGCAUUUGGAGCAGUCCUGCAUGUCAUAUCCACUUCCCUUCUUGGUAUAACAGCGAUCACAAUGGCGAAUACCAUCGCCGGUGAAGAGACUGUUCACAAACUUGCUUCCCUUUUGCUUGUAUUUCUCGGUGGAAGCUAUGUCUUGCUGUUUUUGGCUGGUAAAGGUAGUCACACACAUUCUCAUAACCAACCCAUGGAGAAAAUGGCUGUUGCUGGGCUUGUCCUUGUUCCUGCAUUAUCUCCUUGUGCAACAACUCUCCCGGUUUUCCUUGCUGUUGGAAAUUCAAAGUCCAUGAUGGUUCUCGCCAUCAUAGUUCUGCUGUUCAGCACCAUAUUGGUGAUGACGUCGCUGGUGGCUCUAUCGUUCUAUGGUGCAAGCCAGCUCAAGUUUCACUGGGUGGAGCGAUACGAUAAACUACUGGUUGGUUCGGUCCUGUGUCUGGUAGGUAUCUUAACCCUUCUCUUCCAUGAUCAUGACCAUGGCGGUCAUGAAGCACAUCAACUCCACAGGAAAAUCAUUACUCUUUAGAGACCGUUUCGAGUUUCUGUUUUGCCUGUCUGUCAUGUCUGUUUGUUGUAGAGCGGCUUAAGGUCUAUGAAUCUUUCUGCUUCGCGUUGUAUGUUUAUAAUCAGUUGUAACGCUCUCUGUUGCACGUGAAGAAACAUAUGGAAGCAUUAAAUUCCUUUAAUAGAACAACUCUUUGGAGGUCUAUUGUAGCUAUUACAUGAUUUUGUAGUUGUUCCGUUGAAACUGUGUGUAUAAAAUCUGAUUAAGCUGGGUUUGAUUCUUGUA